AUGACAUCUGUAGAUCCUUGGCGUGAGACAACCUCAGGUAACCGCCUCUCGAGACACACUCAGAUAUAUGGCGGCCAAAAAAUUGUAAUGUCAGGAAUGUGCGUUGUGGCGGAGAGCUGCAAACUGUUUGGCAACGUGCAGAUGAGGGAUGAGAGAAGAGAAGCCAUUUCAAUGGGCUUAUUUUGUGUAAUCGACAAGGGCUGUUUGCUUAAGCCCUCUCAGAUAGCUGUCGAUUACGAUAAGUGCGGUAAAAAGCCAGAAAGUAACGCCCUUUAUAGGACUUUAACGAUGGGAUCGUUCGUUUUCAUAGGCAUGAAUUGUGAAGUGCAUUGCCACCGAAUAGGCCGAAGAGUUAUCGUAGGUAGCAACUGUCAAUUAUCUCGAGGCUGCGAAUUGGGUGACGUUGUAGUUGUGGAGCCAAAUGUGACAAUCCCUGAAAUGUGUAAAGUUCCUUCUUACACACGCGUGCGGCAACACGAAAAGUUCCGGGGUGCUGUUCAGUUCACGCCCUUGAGUGGCAGCCUUCGCAAUUGUAUCGAAAAUUGGUGUAGGGAGGCAUAUUUAGGUUUGCCACUGGAUUUAGAAGAGCUGCUAGCAGAUUUGCAGCACGGCAGUUCGAUAUAG